AUGGAUACUCUCCCGAACUCUGAAUCUUCAAAGGGCAAAGCAUCUUUGCCUUCUCCGGAACCCGACAAUGACGAGCCGCGAGGCCAACCUUCGUCACUCCCUCCUCGCCCCCAUGCUGCUGCUCGACAUACAAAACGAUUGACUGUCAAUUUCCCUAUUGGCCCGUAUCCUCCCCAGCCUGAUCAAGCUUCCCCAUGUACGGGUACGAUGUCUCCGCUCGCCCGUUCAUCGACGUUUGCACCCUCGAAUCGGUCGUUAGCAAGUCUGGCAUUGAAUGAACCGGAUAAUGAGAAUGACUUUUAUUUGACAGCUCUUGCUGCGCAGGAGAGAAAGGUUCUGGAGCUCAGAGAGGAGCUUCAGAAAGCCGAGGCAGAACUUACAAACCUCAAAAAGCAGUGGGCGGCACGAGAAAAAGGGAGGCGGCGGACGGAGAUUGUCCAUCAUGCAGAAGUUAUGAAGCCUAUCAAAACAACAUCAGACGAGACUGCUACGAGUAGUUCCGAUUCGGGUCGAUCUUCUCCUCCUGAUCUUACGAAAUUGGCCUUGCAAACGAGAAUGAGUCGGGAAAUUGAAAGAAAGCAUAGCUCAAGGCAGUCGAUCUCACAAUUUUCAAAUGGCACCGCUAGCUCUGCCGGGCGGCCAAGAACCGUGUUCCAAAGUUCUCGUCACGCAAGAACCCUCUCACUGUUGUCGCCGAAUGGUGCAGAAACUUUUUCACACAACCAGAUUAUUAGUUCUUCCCAGAGCCUAGAAAACGCUCGAAGCUCCACACAUCCCAGGUCCGCUACACUUCCGUCGAUUGAUCGUACAGACACAGCUACUACCGAAAAUGCUGCCCCAGUUGUCAGCAUUGAAAACGAGCGAAAUGUGUGGCGCCAUUCCCUGCCCAUAACCCAAGAUGGAACUGCUGACGCCUUAGUGCGUACUGGAAAGCAGAUGGCUUCGGAUUUCAAAGACGGAUUUUGGACGUUUUUGGAAGAUAUUCGCCAAGCUACUGUUGGUGAAGAAGGAAUUAAUGCCACUGAGGUGAGGUCAAUGCAGGGGUCUCAUCGUGCUCUGCGUCAGUCCAAAGUUGCAGUGGAUCGUUCUGUGAGUAAAGGCAGAUCAACAACACCGUCUGCUGCUGCUAGAUCCAAGUCAUCAAAAGCGAAGAAAGCGUCGACGUCAACCACAGAAGACUCCUCUUUCUGGAGUGAGUUUGGAAUUGACUCCCCCGAUAUGAAAGCUCAAAACAAUGGGAUUUCAAACGACAAUGAGAAGAAGCAAAAACCUGCGUCCAAUCUUUUAGAUGUGGAUGAUAACUGGGAUGUAUGGGAAUCCCCCCAACCCAAAACCCAUACACCGUCCUCAAGUAGCUCCACAUUUCCUUCUUUCAGGCGAGACCCGUCGCCUUCGACGAGGGCGAGUAGUCCUCGGACAAGUGCAAGUUACGCAGAUCUAAAGGCACUCGAAACUGACCAAGCUACGAGUAAUGGUCAAACCGAAAGUAUCCCAUGGCCUGUUAUAACAAAGUUGCGUCCUUCGAAUCUAACGAGAACGGCGUCGAGUUUAAUGGAAGAGUGGGAGCGCAGCUUAUCCCCUUCACCUUCCCCACCCAUGAAACAAAAGGCCGCUUCUCAAGUAGCUAAAAGUGACUAA